UACUUUCAGGUAAUGGAAAAUGAUCGCGACCGCUUGAUGACUUUCUUCCUGCGCUGGGUCAGCCUGAGCUUCCAAAAAUAAAAUAAGUGUGACCUAGGCUGACCACGAAGAACGGAAAAGAGAGAGAGCUGCACUUCCGAACCGCAGAGACCCGGCGCCAGGCAGGGCGACGCUCCCACCCGCUCCGGGCUAGACCGUCCACGCGGAGCAGAGGCGGGGACUCCCUCCACCCGGCACCCUGCCUUUUUCUCACCCUGGGGGUCUCCUGCCCCCGAGGCGAGCAACCCGUGUCCCCCAGUCCCACCAGCGCCCCGCCUAGGGACAGCCUCUCUCCGGACUUUGCCUUCCACCAAGAGGAGGAACAGUCCAACUUCCGAGCAAUCGGCGGGAGAAAAAAAGAGGAGAAUUCGGAGCCAAAUUCCCCGCUGAUGAACACUCUGGGGUUCGCGGCUGGAGACGACCCCCCUUCUAGAAGCACACGCGGAGUAUUUCCUCUUUUUUCUCAAUGAACAAGAGGCCGAAGCGCCAACGGCAAGUCCCUUUUCCUGGCAGAUGAGCGAAUGGGAAAAGAAAACGGCCUUACGAAGAACCUAAAGCCAGAUCGCCAAGUGGUGCGGCCGCAGCCGCGUCGUAGCGGAGGCUGCGCGGGGGCGCGGGCCGGGCCGAGCCGGGCCGGGCGGGCGCGGGGGCCUGGGCACUGCGCGCUCCGCCGGCCCCUCUCCUCCGCUAGCGCUGCGGCGCGCAGCUCUCAGCGGUGCAGACUGGGCGUUGUGGAGGCGAGGCAGCGAGGCCGAGGCGGGGGCGGUGGGUGCGGAGGAGGAGGAGGAAGAGGAGGAGGAGGAGGAGGAGGAGGAGGGGGGUCUGGGGCCCGCCCGGGGGGGGCUCGCCGUUGGCCUGCGCCCUCGCCUUUCCGGAGGAGGCAGGGAGCUCUGCGGCGGCCGCGGCAGCAGUAAAUGGCGUCAUGUGGAUCCGAGGCGGAACAGAGCAGUUGUUGUCCCAGAGGAUAUAUCGCAUCCGGUCCCAGCUCAUUGGCUCCGCGGGGCUACAUUCACUCACACUCCAGCGCCCGCCAGCGCUCCGAGCCGCAGGAG